CCGCGUGGAAGUCGGAGGUGUUGCGAGAGAGAAUUGACCGUGGACUUCGGCGCGCGAAGGCAAAGGAAAAGUAUUAGAGGAAGCAGCGUGACUGUAAAGUAGCUUACUUCGCAUACUCGAUUGCGGAAGCGUGACACAAAUGUCUUAUUUCUAAAGACAUUUAGUCAAUUUUGUACUCGUUGAGUGACAUUGGUGUGGCAUGUUUCGGGACACUCGCCUGCUGAACACAAACGAAAAUCCCUCUCACCUCACUUCAAAAUACCCGAAAGGUUUGUCAGCCGUCUCUGGUGGAGACCGACGUCCGUGAAUCCAUAGCAGCCUUCCCAGUCCCCUCCUCUGAGAGGGUUUCUCCUGGUCAUCUGCCAAGGGACAGGCUUCCUGCUCGGAGCUCUGGCCGUCUCCUCAGGAAGCAAUCAACAGUCCUGAAACUUCCUGACAUGCUCCCGGCAUUUCCAAGCGGAAUGUGAGUGCGCAGCUGCCCUACAGAUGGCCUCUGGGGAUGCUGAGACCCUCACUUACGAGGUCUUCUCCCAAAACACGACCUUUCCUUCUUUCCCCUUCUCCUCCUCCUCCUCCUCCUCCUCCUCCUCUUCGUCUGCUAUACUGCCCUCCUGCACCUACAAUGAGGACUUCAAGCGCUACCUGCUCCCCGCCGUCUACAGCCUGGUGUUCGUGCUGGGCCUCCCGCUCAACUUCGUGGUCAUCCUGCGCAUCUGGAGGGCGCGCAAGGCGCUGACGCGCAGCCAGAUCUACAUGCUCAACCUGGCGGUGGCCGACUUCCUGUACGUGCUCUCGCUGCCGCUGCUGAUCUUCAACUACGCCAGCCGCGACUACUGGCCCUUCGGCGACCUCGCCUGCCGCCUGGUGCGCUUCCAGUUCUACAGCAACCUGCACGGCUCCAUCCUCUUCCUCACCUGCAUCAGCCUCCAGCGCUACCUGGGCAUCUGCCACCCGCUGGCCACCUGGCACCGGCAGGGCGGCCGGCGGCUGGCGUGGUCGGUGUGCGCCGGCGUGUGGCUGGCCGUGGCGCUCCUCUGCGUGCCCACCUUCCACUUCGCCGCCACGGGCACGCAGCGCAACCGCACCGUGUGCUACGACCUGAGCGCGCCCGAGCGCUCGCGCCAGUACUUCCCCUACGGCAUCGCCCUCACCGGCCUGGGCUUCCUGCUGCCCUUCCUGGCCGUGGUGGUGUGCUACUGCCUGAUGGCGCGCGUGCUGUGCCAGCGGCGGACGGGCGGGGCGGGCGAGGCGGGCCGCGAGCAGCGCGGCAAGGCGGCGCGCAUGAUCGUCAUCGUGGUGCUGGUGUUCGUGGUCAGCUUCCUGCCCUUCCACAUCACCAAGAGCGCGUACCUGCUGGUGCGCAUCCUGCCGCAGGCGCCCUGCCAGGUGCGGAACCUGUUCGCCGUGGUGUACAAGAGCACGCGGCCCUUCGCCAGCAUGAACAGCGUGCUGGACCCCAUCCUCUUCUACUUCACGCAGCCGCAGUUCCGACGCAGCACGCGCUCCCUCCUGCUCAGGAUCACCACGCUGCGGGACAAGAGCACGUUUGUGUGAGGGGGGGGCGAGGGGAGAGUGUGUGUGUGUGUGUGUGUGUGUGUGUGUGUGUGUGUGUGUGUGUGUGCGCCCCACAGGGGGAGGGAGGGUGAAGGCUGUCUCCCACCCUGUCUGCUCAUCUCCAGCCUUCUUAAGGACUGCAUGGACACAGCGUUGUGACAGUGGACAGCUGAUUACUGAUGAUUGAUCACACUGGAUUAAAAGGACAGAGCAGAACUAGAAACUUCAUUUUGUAGAGCUAUAUGCACUUAAGGCUAACUUCCAACUGCUUUGGCUUCACAUUUGCUUGAUGGCACGCUGUCAUACCAGUAAUGGCACAUGAUGAUGACUGCUUGUUUGCACAUUGUGAGUAUUAUAAUAACUGACCUUGAAUAACCUACUGUGGUCCUAGAUGACCUGAACUGUAUUUGGAAUGUAUUUGUCUUUACAUACAGGUGAAUCUGUGAUUUGUGUUUUUUAUUAAAUUGUGCAUCAGUUCCAUUACUGUAGAAACCUCUCUUUCAUGAACUGGAGUUUCCUAAUGUUGUUAACUACCUAUCCCUAUUAGGACUAAUACUGUUUUUUGUUCUCAUCAUUGUUUUGUUGUGUUUUUUAAUGUUUUACCACUAGAUGGUGCCUGUUGCACAGCAACUUGAUCUGUACUUGAAUGUCUAGUAAUGCACUUAUUUCCGUUUAAACUGCAUUGUUUAGUAAUCGAAUGAGUAGAUCACAGUCUCGUUGUAAAGAAGAACUACUUUGGAUUACCAAAUGUAACGAGAUACCCAUAUGUUAACCAUAACUCAUCAGUGUUAAAUUUAACUGAGAUGUAUGCAGGUCAUAAAUCUUAAUGAUGGAAUGACGGCUUAUGACUAUAGGCUAUAACAAAUUAUGGCAUGGCUUGUGAGCAAUAAAAAAAUGUUUACAAAUAUUUAUUUAAUAAGUCGAGUAUGUGAUGUGGAAACUUGAAUGGCAGCAGCGAAUGAGCUAAUUGUUGGUUGCAAGCAUUGGUAUGUCAUUUUUGUGUGCGUAACUGUGUGUAUUUUUGUGUGCGUCAUUUAACUGGCUUGUUUAAGUCAUGUCUGUGGGAUAUUUCAUGCUAUUCUUCUAAACGUGUUCCAGAAUGUGACAACUGUGUGCGAAACCAGUGCUAGUUACCACCAUAAUGCCUGUAUAGUAUUUUAUUGUGAAAUAUUUUCUUAGACAUGACGUUUUGUGGUGUUUUGUAAUAUAAUAAUAAUAAUAUUGUUGCUUGUCUGUAUUCAUGAUAACCCUCGUAUGACAGAUAGUAUUGAUGUCUAUCGCUUUUAGAAAUUGAUAACAGCCAUACCGUAGGCUAUGCACCACUUCUUUGUCAUUGCUCACAUAAUAUGAAAUUGGUCGCCAUCCUUUCUGGCAGUUCACUUAAUAUGUUUGUGGAAUGCAUUAAAUAAGUAAGUAUGUUGCU